AACCUUCCCAAUCAUCUCAACUCAACAUCAACACCACCGAGAAUUUUCAAAUUUACUCCCCCAAACCAAGCCCAAGAGCCUCCCCACAAACGCUCCUCCAAUUCGAAAUUCUCCCUGGGCAAUACGUUUCGAGAAAUGGGUUCGUCUUCUCUUGCGACGAUCUCGCCAAGGACGCUCCGGUCUGACCUCUACUCGUUCACCUACCGGCAGGACUCGAAGACCCCGCUCGUCGUCUCGGUCCUCGCCUCGCUCAUCGAGCGAACCAUGUCCCGGAACGAGAGGAUCGCGCGGAGCUGCUCGUGGGCGCUGUCGAAGGACGUGAAGACGCGCGUCUUCGACUGCCACGAGUCGCCGGACAUGACGAUACAGAGCUACCUCGAGAGGAUUUUUCGGUACACGAAGGCCGGCCCGUCGGUCUACGUGGUGGCGUACGUGUACAUAGACCGGUUCUGCCAGGCCAACCCGGGGUUCAGGAUCAAUGCCAGGAAUGUCCAUAGGCUCCUCAUCACGACCAUCAUGGUGGCUUCCAAAUAUGUGGAGGACAUGAAUUACAGAAACUCCUACUUCGCGCGAGUCGGGGGACUGGGGACGGAGGAAAUCAACAGGUUGGAGCUGGAGUUUCUGUUCCUGAUGGGGUUCAAGCUGCACGUGAACCUGAGCGUGUUCGAGAGCUACAUCUGUCACCUGGAGAGAGAGGUGAGCAUCGGAGGCGGCUACCAGAUCGAGAGAGCUCUCCGGUGUGCGGAGGAGAUCAAGUUCUCGAGGCAGAGGGCGGGGGAUCCGAGGCUCAAUCAUCAUCACGUCGCCCGAAUCAUGCUGUAGAAAACCCUUGAUCAUGGUCGACAGAAAAUUCGAGAAAAAAUCGAAAGAAGGAAAAAAAAAUAUGGCAAGGGAAAAUGAGUGUACAGAUGUGGUGAUUGAUGUACAGGUGGUUUUAUCUUUCUUGGGGGGUUGAGUACGGCCAUUGUCCUGUGAUGUUACUCUCUCUCCCUCUCUUUUUGUAAUGAAUAUAUGGAGAAAUUCAAUUUUUUU